UUAAUUUAGCCCCACAAUUCGACGAAAAUUACCCAACGAAACUCCACCUCCAGUUAAACAAUUCGAUCGCGUUCUAUCGCUAUCUGCACCACAAAUUCAACUUCUUUGGAGCAUCAUGGACCGAAUUUUGUUUCAAAAUUGGUCCAAUUCUCCACGAAUUCGUCUCUGUUUGCUUCGUACGAUCUGUUUCGGCCAAGAGUAACUGGUGUUCUCGAAGGAUUUGAUCGAAAACUCUAGUUUCUAAGCUGGUUUUGAAGCAGAGUUCUCUAAGGUUUUUUUUUUUUUUUUUGGUGAAAUUUGAUCUGGUGGAGUCAUGGACUUCGAGCUCUCUGAUAGCAGUGGAACGGAUGAUGACCUUCCUCCUUCACAUCAAAAUAGAUUUCAAAGAGCAGGCCACACUGCUGGAAAUGGAAGAUCUGCAGUUGUAGGUUCUGCUUCAUUACCUAGGAUGCAUGGUGAUAUGGAAACCCAGAUCCACCACAUUGAGCAAGAAGCAUAUUGUUCAGUCCUUCGAGCCUUCAAAGCUCAAUCUGAUGCAAUCACUUGGGACAAGGAAAGUUUAAUUACAGAACUUAGAAAGGAGCUUAGAGUAUCAGAUGAAGAACACAGAGAGCUUCUAUCCAGGGUUAAUGCUGAUGACAUCAUCCGGAGGAUAAGGGAAUGGAGGAAGACAAGAGGGCUUCAACCUGGCAUGCUCAAUGCUACUCAGCCUGUUCACGAUCCCAUACCUAGUCCUACGGUUUCCGCAUCACGCAAGAAACAGAGAACAUCACAAUCUGUGGCUUCCUUGUCCCUGGGUGCACCAUCUCCUGCACUGCAUCCAUCUAUGCAACCAUCUUCAUCAGCCUUGAGACGAGGUCCCCCCGGGCCAAGGAGCAAGAAGCCAAAAUCAGGCAUGCAGUACCCUUCUGGUCUUGCUGGAAGGACCCAGGUUGCUAAUCGUGGUACCUCAGGUGCCUUUUCGACAAAUGAACCUGCCGAAGCUGCAACCUAUGAUCCAUUAAUUGGAAGAAAAGUAUGGACAAGGUGGCCUGAAGACAACCACUUUUAUGAGGCAGUUAUAACUGACUACAACCGUGCUGAGGGCCGACAUGCUCUGGUGUAUGAUAUUAAUACAGCAGAUGAAACAUGGGAGUGGGUCAAUCUCAAAGAGAUAUCUCCUGAAGAUAUCAAGUGGGAAGGUGAGGAGCCUGGAGUUUCUCGUAAGGGUGGCCACCCUGGACCAGGCCGGGGGCUUAAGAAAUCCAUGGCACGUGGUGGUGCGGUUACUGGUGCAGGAAGAGGUAGAGGAACCCCAAAGGGUCAGUCCAAGAAAGAUUUCCCCUCAUCACAAAAUGGAAUUGGAAAGAAGGCUGUGAGUGAUAUUGAAAUAGUUCACACAGAUACUCUUAUUAAGGAGGUGGAAAAAGUUUUUGGUGCUAGUCAUCCUGAUCCCAUGGAAAUCGAGAAAGCUAAAAAAGUUCUGAAAGAGCAUGAACAAGCCCUGGUGGAUGCAAUCGAAAGGCUUGAAGAUGCAUCUGACGGUGAAAGUGCAGAUGGAGAACAUCCAUUCUCACAGGGGCAAUUAACGGAUCAAGAACAAAGAUUGAGGAUACAGGGAUAUGAUGAAAUUGGUGAAGGUAGAGUAGUUGAAGGUUCAAAUGGGGAUAAAAUGGCUAAAGAGGAUAGAGUUGCAUCUGAUGAUCCACAAGAUGAAGGUGUUAAAAUGGUAUAAAUUGACAUGUAUGCGCCCCUAUGCCGUGUUCUAAUUCUCUUGGUUAAAAGCUUAGCUUGAUUUUAUUGUAAGUUUAACUUAGCUGACGAAAUGCUGAUGUAAAAAACUUUUAAAUAGAAAAAAACUUGACCAUAUAAAGAUUAUUGUGAUAAUGCAUGCUACUCUCU